AGACGCCCAAGAUGGCCCCUCUGUAGCCAUUUUGGCUCAAGCCGUUUCUCCUCGAGCCGCCUUCGUAUUUGGGCUUGGGCGUCACCAGCGAGGCACCUGCCCAUAUCAAGGUGUGAUUGUGGCUCGCCGUGGCGUGACAUAUACCGUGUUGUCUUGUCGGCGCUCGUGUGCGAUUCUGCUUAGACUGCGUUUUCUGCCCAUCUGGUUGAUCUUGUAGCGAGGGGGAGCUGGUCACUCAAGCGCGCGACUAGUCGUGAACACGACGCGAGGAUGAGCGCUGUUGGCAGCGAGUCUGACAGCGACGCCAAUGUGAGAAUGAGGCACGCACUGGGCGCUGCCAAGCUGGAGACGGAGGACAGCGAGUCCGAUGGCGGUGCCGACGGCAAGGUCAAGUCGUUCAGAAGUUGGUUCGAUAUGUUGUAUUAUUUGGGCUCCCAGACUUCGGACACGUCACGUACGAUUGAUGACAGCAUCAAGAAGAGAUUGACUGGCAGGUAUGAGAAUGUUAUGAUCGUGUCGGCUCUCGUGUUCACUGUUGCCGCAGAGGGCUUGAUGGAACCAUCCGAUGCCAUCAUGAACGCAGACAGCUGGACGAAACUUUGGUUUGGUAUCCUCAUGGGUUUGGCGUUCUCCUUUACUUUGGCAUCGGUGCUGUAUGCUGCGGUGCUGCUAGGCGUAUCGCAUAUAUUGCCUAUAUUCUUGUCGAGGUGGUUCUUUGAGAACACCGCGGGAAUGCAGAAAGCACCAAUGCUGUUUUUGGGGCUAGGAUGCACGUGCCUUGGAUUAGCUGUGUCGCUGCUCGCGGAACUGAAUUUUGGAGGGUUUACUGCGUGCGUGUUGUUGUUGAUGUUGGUGAUACUGGGGAUUUGGUUCUUUGUCAACCAUGCGCAUGUGCAGGGCGUGCUGGGUGAUCACAUGCGGGAAGAGCACGGCGUGGAACCGCCAUAGGUAUGAGCGAGGGGCCAUGCCUUUCGAAGGUUUGUGAAUGUUCUCUGGGAGCUGCACCCACCUCUCCCCCUUUGGCACGUGCUGUACUGUGAGCAUGUCUAGUUUGCCGUUGUUUCAUGUCUCUCUCUGCAUAUCUUUCCCUUCUCCCCCUCUAUCCCACACUAUCGAGCUCCUCCUGUUUGUCUCUCUUGUCUCUCCCGCCCCUUGUCUGUCCAGUUGGCGUUCGGCACGCGACGCUUCGUGAUUCCCCUUUUGAGGGUAGAUCGUCGUUUGCCGCAGUUUCACUUGUCCGUUUAAAGCCCCAGAGGUGCUUGUCUGAUUGGGACAUCAUGGCACCGCACUCUGUGGAGAGAAAA